AUGACAACACUAAUUUUUGAAUGUUGCCUUGCACCAUGGAUGGCACUAACAUGCUAUGCAAAUGAAACAACAAGCAACCAAGCAGGGUCCGCCUCACUGAGCGAUGCAACUUUGCCGAAUAUGUUGCAGGGCCAUUUGACGAACUACUUACGUAAUUGCAACCAACAAAUUCAAAUUGAUAAAGCAUUAGAGUUGAACUCAAAAAAGGUAAGUAGAUCUUUGCUAUUUGGAGACGGAACAGACUGUGCAAUGAUUUCUUCAGAAAGAUUUGCCCUGCUAUAUUUUCAAACCCGUUGCAAUGAAGUGUCAAUCCCCAUACUGCAAGCCGUAGUGAGCGGUUGCAUAGAUACGUUGAUUCCCACAAAUCGGUUCAUAGAGCACGGUGUCGUCCCACACAAACAUGUUCCACUUACCCUAGAGGUAGAGCAUAUCCUUAAGUCAAAAUUUGCAGUUACUUCCUUAUUUGCUACAACUCAAAAGAUGUUGACACCAAACUCACCGGCGAGCAAACUAAUUGAAGAAAUGCGUAGGAAAAGAACAAUGUCAGAAACUAUAACCAUCGAGAAUUCCACCAAGUUUCAGUUCAUCUUUUACUCAAUUCCAACUCAGAUUGAAAACAAGUGUGCUUCAACGCAAUUGCACUCGGAUUUAAGUGUCGAUGACAUGACUCAACAAUUCGAAGAAGCCUCGUUUAUAGGCAUCACUGAAGCUGACCUUGGACGCAAAAUGUUGAUUAAAGACAACCCCACUUUAAAAGUAUACGAGGAGGUAGAUGCCAUGAUUGAGGAGAUAAAAUCAUCUGCAACUUUAGCUUUCAAAGUAUUCAAGCUUCCACAUGUGGAGCUCGUGCAAAGCUGGGAAACAAUCAUUUUGGGUGCAAAUCUCAAACAACUGAUUUUGAACUGCUGCAAGACCAUGUUAAACUCAGCGAGUUUUCAUCUCGAAUUGGGAAACUUUCUUGUACUUGAAGGAAUGCCCGGAACGGGUAAAACAUCGCUUGCAAAAUCAGUUUUUCAAAAACUUGCAAUAUCCAAGCAAAAAAUCGAUGCCUAUGUUCCCGCCAUCAUUUUAGAGUUUUCCACUGGUGAAAUUUUUUCAAAGUACUUUGGUGAGUCCCCAAAAAAACUCCUGUCACUACUAUCAUCGGUUGAGCAAUUACUACUCCGCCAUCCAUCGUCUUAUGUGUUCCUACUAGUGGAUGAAUUGGAAACGAUUGCCACAAGCAGGGAAAAACUGGUUGGCAAUAACGAAGUUUCCGACGGCUUGAGAAUUGUCAACAUUCUCAUCACUUACUUGGAUCGUUUGAAGGUAUUUCCAAACUUGAUAAUCAUUGCAACAACGAAUAUGCUAAGUAGUAUGGAUUCAGCUGUAGUUGAUAGGGCAGUUCGUGUCUUCAAAUUUGGGAAUCCCAAUGUCACCGAGAUAGAAAAAAUCCUCAAGUUGAGCCUCGAAAAAGCCGUGCUCAAGAAAGGGGAUAUUAAGGAGCUGGAAGUAGCAUCACUGUUGCAACAAAUUGCUAAUUUUUGUUAUUCCAAUAAAUUGAGUUGCAGAAGAGUCAGUAAGUUACCAGCAAUGGCGGUCGGCAACUUGCGUGAACAUCAGAACUUGGGUGGUUUCGUUUGUGUACGUGAUGCAAUCAUAGAAAUGGCAAAGCUUUGUACGGAUCAAACGUAUUAG